AUGGGAAGGCAAUCGCCAUUGGAAGAUGGGACCCUCUCCAUGAGGCAAAAGGCCUUGCUCAAGAGAGAUAUCACCAAAGAGCACCUUAGCAAUCUCAAGGCUGGUUAUGUGUCGAUCCAUGAGGCAUCGCUCCACAAGACAGGUAUUCGUGGCCGGAAGACUUACCUUUUCUGGGCCUUGGUUGGAUUUCUCCUAAUCUUGGCACUGGGGAAUCUCAUUGUUACCUGCUUCCUACUUGGAGUCCUGCGACUUGCAAAUGGCAUGAAGAACUUGGAGCUACUCCCAGAUGAAAACAUAAUCAAGUUCUAUGGAGACAUUGAUCUGAACAUGACUAUCAAGCGUGAUGGCCUUUUAGAAGCAUUUGCAGAGGAUGGGAUGACCAUUGAGAGCCAGGAAGGAGAGGUCCACUUGGUAUUUUCAAACAGUUCAGAAGCAAUUCACAUGGACCCCAUCAAGACCCAAGUCGAUAACGUAAACUCGUUUGUCGUGUACGAUCCUGAGACGGGAGAGGAGAUCUUUUCAACCGACUACCCCAAUUUUGGUCUUCCAAAAGGAGUGAAGCAAAUCAACAUCAAGCAAGCAAUUGCACGCAGCAUUUCAAGCCCUGUUGGCUCCAAUCUGGAAUUCAAGAGUCCUUCUAAGCUUCGGCUUAAGGGGAAUGAAGGAACCAAGAUGGAUUCGAAGAACAUGAUUGUGACAGCUAUGACAGAUCUCUUCCUGAAGGCAGUAGAGGGUGCCAUCGUGCUUGAAGCAUAUGACGGAGUUCGCAUCGAUGUCAAGAACGUCAACUUGGCACGUUCGUCUCCCACUGAUGAAGCCCAGUUUCAGCUAUGUCUCUGUGCAACAACUGGCCAGAUUUUCAGAGUCCCCAUACCAUUGAACAAUGCACGCAGAACGGAGAAGAUCACAUGUGAGAGUGCUAUUCUGCAUGAUAACAUCUGCGAUGAAAAGUGA